ACAAUUUAAAUGGCAAUUGUCAAACAUUUGGUUUUGAGUAUUUGAUGGGAUCAUUAGCAAGCAAAGUUAUUCGAUCACCGAAAAUGGCGAAUUCAGCAGAGAUUCAACAAUUUAUUAAAGAUGCAAUAUCAAAGGAAAAAGUUGUAGUUUUUUCUAAAUCAUAUUGUCCAUACUGUAAACUAGCUAAGGAUGUUUUCAGCAAGGUGAAACAACCAAUUACGGUUUAUGAGCUCGAUGAGAGAGAUGAUGGGUCAUCUAUCCAAGAGAAUCUUGUACAAAUUACUGGCUUUAGGACUGUACCACAAGUUUUUAUUAACGGCACAUGUGUUGGAGGAGGGUCUGAUGUAAAAAGCCUGUAUGAAUCAGGAAAGCUAGAGCCGAUGCUUAUUGGAUAAACAAAAAAAAAAGAAAAGUAUUGACAAUAAAAAUUGUAUUGAAAAUUAUACAUGCUGUUUCUUCAACAAAUUAAUUUAUUUAGACUUAUUUGUUCUAUGUAACAACAAACAUAAACAUGUUUGUUAUUGCUUGCUUAAAUGAUUCAUAAAUUCAUUGUUAAUAAAUAAUAAUAUAAAGAAAAAACGAUUUAUAUCACACUUGUUAUUCUAUAUUUUUAUUUUACAAUUUUUAAAUAAAUUAUC